AUGGGUGAUAACACAGACACGAAGUCAACUUCCUCGAGCAUGACUUCACAUCUAAAGUGGGAGAGUCCUAACCACCCACUUUAUCUCCAUCAUUCAGAUCAACCUGGUGCAGUACUUGUGUCGCAGCCAUUGGUGGAAGACAAUUACAGUACAUGGAUUCAAUCCAUGACCAUGGCCUUAACGAUCAAGAACAAAUUAGGGCUUGUUGAUGGGACUAUCAAGAAGCCGAGUGAAGAUGAACAUGAAGGAUUGCAGCAAUGGAAUCGCUGCAAUAAUCUGGUUAAAACAUGGCUCUUAGGAUCCAUGUCAAAAGAAAUCUCAAGCAGCGUCAUCAACUGCAAGGAUGCAAGGCAGAUGUGGCUUGAUUUACAAGAACGGUUUUCUCAUGCAAAUAUCGUUCAAUUGUUUCAUGUAGAAAACGAGAUCCAUGAUUGUGUGCAAGGUAACAUGCCGGUGAGUUCAUACUUUACCAAACUAAAAGGCUUGUGGGACGAGCGUGAUGUACUGUGUUCUAUUCCUGCAUGUAGCUGCGAUACAAAGAAGGAAAUCAUCUCUUAUGUUGAGACCCAGAAAACAAUGAAAUUUCUCAUGGGUUUAAGUGAUUCCUUUUCCACUGACCGUAGUAAUAUCCUUCUUCUUGAGCCUUUUCCCACAGUGAACAAAGCUUACUCUCUUGUUCUUCGCCAUGAGAAGCAGGCGGAAGUUUCAAAUGGAAAGAAUACCCCUCAACCUGAAGCAGCAGCUUUUGCUGUAAAGCAUGGUGGACGCGAGCUUGAAACCGAGGAUGGUGGUCCUCGCUGUGGCAAAUGUAACAAGACGAACCAUAGCACCAAAAAUUGUCGUGCCCAUCUCAAUGCACUUUCUGUGGUUGGAAGGGUCAUACCUUCGAAUAUUGCCGCAAAUGCAAAGCAGCUGCUGAAACUGAACAAAGCCGUUCAUCAACUUCCAAGGGAAAUCAAGUUGCCGUGCAUGACAAGAGAGAUGGGAUGCCAAGCUUUCCCUUUUCCCAAGAAGAUUGUAAGCAGAUCCUUGCCAUGUUAA